AUGCCGCUCUGUCUCACCUUCAUCGACUUGAAAAAGGCCUUCGACUCAGUUGAGACGGAAGUGGUCGCGGAAACCUUGGACAACCAAGGCGUGCCUACUCAGCACAUAAGCGGAACGAAUGCUGACCGGAUUCGACGAAACAUGUGGAUACAGUCUUCAGCUGAAUCUGCAAAAGACGAUAUUCAUGCGGAACGGAUGGGAUGCCCCAUUCACGCUCAACGGAACGAGCAUGUCCGAAUGCACCGGCUACGUUUACCUGAGUUGGGAAUUGAACGUGAUGACGACCUGACCCCCAGCUGGGCAGGAGGAGACGAGCGCCUUGGAGAGCGUAUAAGAGCAACGAGGAUGUAG